AGGAACACCAACAGCGAGGAGCGAGCGCGGCCACUGCGCGGCCCACAAUCUCUUUAUCUCAUCCACACUUAUUCAGUGAGACUGGAUCUCACAUUGUGCUGACCUUUGCUCCAAGAAACUCUGAGUUGAACAUUUUUUGUUCUGUGAGAGUACAAUUGUCAGUCGACAUGCGCGUCGCCGUCGUGGGUUCAGGCGUUUCCGGACUUGCAGCCACAUGGCUGCUGAACGAUCGCAGCAAACACGAAGUGCACCUCUAUGAGUCUGACUCGCGUCCGGGCGGCCAUGCAAACACGGUCACAGUUGCUGUGCCGGACAAGAUACCAGUUGACGUGGAUUCUGGAUUUAUUGUUUUCAACCCAUCUACAUACCCGAACUUCCUUCGCUUUCUCCGCUCCCACCCCCUUAUAGAAAUCAUACCUACAGAGAUGACGUUCGGGGUCUCGCGUGACGCAGGUGCCUUUGAGUGGGCAGGAAAGACCCUCUUCACUGUGUUCUGCCAACCGAGGCGUCUCGUUGAUCCCGACAUGUGGCGACUGUUGUACGACGUGCUCCGUUUUAAUGCGUGCGCGCGACGACUUUUGACGGAAGAAGAAGAAAAAAAGCAUAUGACCGAGUUGUCGAUCGAGGAUUAUCUUCAGCGAGAAGGCUAUUCAAAUAGUUUUCGGGACAAUUAUCUUGUCCCUAUGACCGCUGCUGUAUGGAGCACACCACCCGACGUCUGUGCUCUGGAUUUUCCGGCAAGGACACUGAUCCGCUUUUUGCAUAAUCACCAUUUGCUACAGCUUACGGGGAAGCCGUCGUGGCUUACUAUCAAGGGUGGCAGUAAACAAUACGUCAACACAAUCCUUUCCUCACUCCCGGAGGGGGCCCUCCGCCUUUCAAGCCCUGUUGCCUCUGUAUCAUCAACGCCCCGUACAGAUUCGGAUGGAUUUGAUAUUACAUUGACGACGUUGGACGGAGCUACAGAAAUCUACGACCAUGUCAUAUUCGCCUGCCAUUCGGAUGAUGCUUUGAAGAUCAUGUCUGCCGGCGGCGGAGUUACUCAUGAUGAGGAGCGGAUUCUAGGUGGAUUCAGGUGGAAUAGAAAUCAGGUGAUCGUUCAUUCAGAUGAAAUUCUUAUGCCUCGGAGUAAAGCUGCAUGGUCGUGCUGGAAUUAUCUGACUAAAUCGGGUGUGGAUGCAGAGGGCUAUCACAAGGCCAACAACGACCAGGUCGCUCUAACAUACUGGAUGAACGACCUCCAAAAAAUCUCCCUCGAGACUCAUGGCCCUAUCUUUGCGACUUUGAACCCACCUAUCCCGCCGUCUCCAUCAAAGACGUUCAGCACUCACCAAUACUCACAUCCCGUCCUCGAUGCGCGCAGCGUACGUUUGCAAUCCGAGAUGCCCUCCAUUCAGGGCAAGAGAGGCAUUUCGUACGCUGGCGCGUGGAUGAAAUAUGGAUUCCACGAGGACGGGUUCGCUUCCGGGCUGCGCGCGGCAGAGCCUUUGUUGAGGCAAGGCGGCGAGGACGUCGAGUUUGAGGUGGAAGACGCGGAGAGGGGGGGCGCGAGGGACGUUCCGUUUAUCGCGGCCGCCUUUGACUGGUUGGAAUCGAGCGGUGUACGAGUGGUCAUCGCAACGAUUUUGGGAUUAUGGUUGGGUGUUGUGAGGACGUUGGCGAGUUUUUACUUCGAUUUGAGCGAUGUGGGAACGCGACCUCAGGAAAGGGAGCGCAAAGAGAAGGUUAUUUGA